AAUUUCACAAUAGAAACGGGAGUUAGACAUACCGCAGCAUCUGAAAAACGAUCCGCAGCACAUAUGCUAACAUAUCGAGCCAACGCAGUGCUUUACAGUGUUUUGGAAGAUGAAAAACAUUGUGGUUACCGGUUGCCAGUCCCGUUCAAAAAUCCAGUUCGGCGUAUUUUUGAUUGCUCUACUGCUUACCGUUCUUUUAUUUGUUUAUCCGAGGACAGAGAUUUACAAUUAUUACCAGCAAUCACAGAAAAAUCAAUUGAGCAGUAAUGCUCUGAUGAAGUUCGGAGUUGCGGGAGUGAAUCGCAAUUACAACUUGAUGGAAGAAGUGAUUCGAUUGGGAAAACUGAACCAGUAUUUUGGGAGCCAAGACAACAGUGAAUGUACUCUAGAUUAUAUGAACAGCAAGAAACUGCAACAGGACCAUCCUUGCGUUAUCGAGACGAUCCGCCAACAUUACUUGAAUAAACCUUCACCACCAAACAUCCCACUGAAAUUGGACUCGGACGACGAUAAGGAUCGAUCGCCUGGCCAAACUGGUGUCAUUUUCAGGCUCUUGAAAAAUAAGACGAACGGAUUCUUCGUAGAAUGUGGAGCCCUUAAUGGUGAAUACAUGUCGAACUCACUCGAUUUGGAAAGGAAAUACAAUUGGGGUGGAAUAUUGAUAGAGGCCAAUCCAAUUACUUUCCAAAAACUCUUGUCACGUAAUCGAAAAGCGUGGACGCUACCCAUCUGUCUCAGUUUGGAAACGUAUCCUACCCAGGUUACAUUUCAGCCAAAGACUGGUGAUCCUGGACACAGCCAUAUUGAAGGGGAAGCUGAAACAUUACAGAACCCUGGAAUACCGGGCUUCGAUCCUGAUUUGGUUAAAGUUCAGUGUUUUCCGUUUUAUUCCGUUUUGUUGGCAGUGGGGCGGACAGAUGUAGAUUUUUUCAGUCUGGACGUCGAAGGACACGAACUCAAAAUUCUCAAGACCAUUCCCUGGCAUAAAAUUAACAUUAAGACGUUGACGGUUGAAUGGGACAAUAUGCCGGAGGGCCAAGAAGCGUUGUCUCGUUUUAUGGAAGACAGUGGAUUCAUGAGGAUCGGUGAAUUUGAUUUUCAGUUCACCAGAGAUGUCAUCUUCGUUAAAGAUUUGAUUAAUACCUGAUGAACGAUUGUGUUUUUUAUUUGUCUCUUGACCAUUGAUCGGAUUUUGGAAUGCUGGCCCUGCCCCAAUUGACGCAAAAUACACUACGACAAUUUGUUUUAAAAGCUAA